AUGAAGAGAUCUCAAGUUUUAGGGCCUGAGGGGAAAAAUUAUGGGCUAUUUCUGAGUGCGUCACGGUGGGAUAUGCUCAGUAGAAAUCCCUCAUAUCAGUCAGCCAUGUCGAGCAAAUCGCGCCCCAAUCUGUUGUCGUCACCUUACGAAUGGAGCAAGACCCAUAGGCUGCACAAAAAGAUCUACCCGAGCAGAAUCAAUACUCUGUGGUACCGACGAUAUGUCAACAAACUACCCGAAGACGAACAGAUUGACUUCCAGCCGUUCGAUGAGGUUCAGAGAGUCGACGAAGAUAUCGCCCUGCAAUACUUCUAUGGAGAAGAUGGCCACCUUGAGGACAGUCGAAUUGACCGAACUGACAUGGUUGAGAAGAGGCGAUCGGCCCUGCAAAGGUACAACGUGCUCAAGGAACAGGAGGAGAGGGACAGAGCCAUGCAAGAGGAAGAAGCCAGCAAGAUCGGGUUAUCCUGGUACAGCAGCGUCAUGAAGGCCCUCAAAAACCGGGCCACUUCAGAUUUCGGCGCCACCACGGCAGAGAAGAAAGUGUUGACUCCCCUGAUUGAGUUCUUGCACAAAAUGUCGUUGAAGAAAAGAAGACAAAUCCGCCACGUGGUUCUGAAACCGGGCUCCAAAUGGAAGCUGCUGACCAAUCCCGCCGUGUCUCGCAAAAUUAUGUUCAUGUUCAAGAACCUCAGAACGGAAGAG